UUUUAUACGCCUUUACUCGGCACGAGGAAAUCUGGCGAGAUUUAUUUAGUUUAGAGCACGAAAGUCUUCGGCCGUUUGUAAUAUGUCAAACUUGGCGUGAGACUUUCCUUUAUUCAAAAUUUCCAAAUUUUCACCGUAACAGCUUAAAUUCUGGUUUUCUACUUAAAGAUUUUUAUUCAGAUGUUUUAUUUUAUUCUUGGUAUUGUCUACGUAUGCAACCUUUGCCCAGCUGGUUGCAAAUUUCUAACGUAGAUUUUAGAAGUAAUAUUACUAAAGAGCAGUUUUUGGAACAUUAUGAAAGUAAAGGUUUGCCAGUCGUUCUUACUGACGUGGUUACCACGUGGUCUGCCUACCGCACAUGGACAAAAGAGUACUUAAUGACUCUCUGCGGAAAUCGCCUUUUUACUGCGGGUUCAGUCUCACUUUCUUUAGCUGAUUUUUUUAAGAUUUCUGAAACUAUUGGAGAUAAUUCUUUAUAUAUAUUUGAUAAAAGGUUUGGUGAGAAAGUUACCGAGUUGGUUGCUGAUUACGUUGUUCCCGAUUAUUUUUCUGAAGAUCUCUUUUCCGUUCUUGGUAAAAAUAGACCCGACUAUAGAUGGCUUGUCAUUGGAGGCCGCUACUCCGGCUCGACUUUCCAUAUUGAUCCAAUUGCUACUUCUGCUUGGAACGCAGUGAUUCGAGGUAAGAAGAAGUGGAUUCUCUUUCCACCCGGCACAGUCCCCCCUGGGGUUAUUCCUAGCGAAGAUUUAGAUUCUGUGGCCACUCCGGAGUCUGUUCUUGAGUGGUACUUGCACGUUUAG